AUGGCAGUAGUGGAAAGGGAACGGAUGAAAUAUGAAAUGGCAAGAAAGAUUAACAAACCUACUGGAGUUGUAGAGAUUUCAAGGAUUCUGAAUUUGUAUCAGUUCGUCCAGCUUUAUAAAGAUAUUACUAGUCAGGCUGCUGAAGUUCUAAAACAAAGUUCUGCUGCGGCGUCUCCUGAUGAUGGUGCUGGUCUUCCACGUUCCACAUCAUCUUGCCAAGCCAGCAUCUGGAUGGGAAGGGUAAAGGAGCUGACUGAUGAAGAGGAGUGCUGCAUCUGUAUGGACGGACGUGCUGACCUCAUCCUACCAUGUGCUCACAGUUUUUGUCAGAAAUGCAUAGAGAAAUGGAGCGAUCACCAUAGGAACUGCCCCGUGUGCCGUUUGCAGGUUGCUGGGCCCGGUGAAUCCUGGGUGUUGCCUGAUGCACCAACAGAUGAAGAUAUAGCUAGCUACAUUCUUAAUCUGGCAGAUGAAGCUGGACAGCCUCAUUUUCCUUGACUGCAUCAAAGCAUUUCAUUGCAUGAAGACUACUUUCUUAAUUUGUGUUAACACUGGUGUCUUAAGUUAUCGAUGUCUGUUUUGCCUAAUAUUUAAAUAUGUCUUAAUUUAACCAUGUCUGUUCUACUGCAGUUUGAGAAUGUCUUAAUUUAAUCACGUCUGUUCUACCUGCUGAUCGAAGAAAGAGCAGUGUGGCUCUUCCUGAAACUGUUUUAAUAUUUGAACUUUUAAAUGCUCUUCUUGAGUCUGUCCACAUUGUACAUAUUGCUGUACAGCUAUAUUUGUCUUCAAAUUGGUGAAUGACCAGAUAUUCUGUAUAAAUAUUAUUCUGAUCAAAUAUAAAUUUUGACAAUUUUAAAAUAGAUUAUUGGCAUAAUUGCCAUUUCUAAUAAAUCAUUGACAUGACGGACCAACCAUGUGAGGUCCAUAAAAAUGAAGCGACUGAAAAAGGACAAAUAGUGUAAAUGCAGCACAGUACUGAUGAAUCAUUCAGAAGAAUAAAAUAUAGCCUUUUUUAACAGUUC